AUGUGCUUGGGGAUGCCUCGGAAGAACCAGGCGCCAGAUCUCUUCCACAUCUCCCGCGUCUCGGCGCAGAUCUUGCAGAGCCACACCUUCCCUCCGUCCGGGCUGGCACUCUCCACCCCACACUUGCUGCACACUCUCUUUGGGCCGCCAGUUGUGCCGCCAGUUGGGCCGCCAGUUGGGCCGCCAGUUGGGCCGCCAGUUGGGCCGCCAGUUGGGCCGCCAGUUGGGCCGCCAGUUGGGCCGCCAGUUGGGCCGCCAGUUGGGCCGCCAGUUGUGCCGCCAGUUGGGCCGCCAGUUGGGCCGCCAGUUGUGCCGCCAGUUGGGCCGCCAGUUGGGCCGCCAGUUGGGCCGCCAGUUGUGCCGCCAGUUGUGCCGCCAGUUGGGCCGCCAGUUGUGCCGCCAGUUGGGCCGCCAGUUGGGCCGCCAGUUGUGCCGCCAGUUGGGCCGCCAGUUGGGCCGCCAGUUGGGCCGCCAGUUGUGCCGCCAGUUGGGCCGCCAGUUGGGCCGCCAGUUGGGCCGCCAGUUGGGCCGCCAGUUGUGCCGCCAGUUGUGCCGCCAGUUGGGCCGCCAGUUGGGCCGCCAGUUGUGCCGCCAGUUGUGCCGCCAGUUGUGCCGCCAGUUGGGCCGCAAGUUGUGCCGCCAGUUGUGCCGCCAGUUGGGCCGCCAGUUGGGCCGCCAGUUGGGCCGCCAGUUGGGCCGCCAGUUGGGCCGCCAGUUGGGCCGCCAGUUGUGCCGCCAGUUAGGCCGCCAGUUGGGCCGCCAGUUGGGCCACCAGUUGGGCCGCCAGUUGUGCCGCCAGUUGGGCCGCCAGUUGGGCCGCCAGUUGUGCCGCCAGUUUCACAGUUGUGGAGGAUGGUUGGAGCUACGGGUGUGUGUGCUUCCCGUGUUAAGAAGGGUUGA